CGCAACGCACCACUCGAGAACACCUCCCACUGUGAAACGAAACGCAGCGUUGAACGCGCAGAGAUGAGCUAACGGUGCUAACUCACUUUAACCCGAGCUAAGACUAGACUAGUUGUUUGUCAGAUGCGGAGUGAACCAGCAGCUUCCCGGGUAACUAGCCGGUGACUCUGUGGGUUACAGCUGGAAGCCAUGUGUAUAACACGGGUCAGUUCCAGCUGUUGUUUUGUUCUCCUCCUGGGUUAAUGUCUGUUGUUGUUAGGCCUGCUUCACGUUAGCCUAGCUUAAAUAGCGCUUAGCUUCCGCUGGUUCCCGGAGCUCAUCACGUCCCACAAAGGGCGAGGGGGAAAUGACAAACCUCGGCAGCGGAUAACUUCACACAGCCGGAGUGUCGCCAGGAAGACAACUUGUUGUUGUCUUUUUGACCAGGGAUCAGCGAGUUAUUCCCCAACUAUGAGAGCCUCAGCUCAGUGACAUCACACAAACAUGGAGCUGUACUGGUACAUAGUUGUCAUCAUAUUCAUCAUCAUCAAGAUAUUCUUCUAUGUGUGCUGGUACCGAUCCAGACAGAGGCAGCUGGCGGCCUACCUGAGCAACCCACGCAAUGCCCAGAUAGUCAUAGUCGGAGGAAGAGCGUACCUCCAUCAGAUGUGUGAGCGACAGAGUCAAACAUCUGUGUGGCCGAGCUGGUAUGGUGUUCAGGAUGAACUGUCAAUAGAGGAGCCCUCCACAACGCUGCCGCCCACGUCAUCCGUCUCCCACCUCGACAUGCCGCCACCAUAUGAGGCAGUCUCUGGAGAGGACGACCUCAAGCCCCCUCCCUACAGCGAGUGUGCUCUAGUCGACGAGACCGACGCCCCCUGUCCCUCCCAUUGCACUCCUCUCAUUCCUGAGGAAGGAGACUCGUCCAGCAUAAAUGAAGCCCCGCCUCCCUACACAGCGUCCCCCUUCACACAAGUCAGUCUACAAGACGGCCCUAUUAGCCUAAGUGAGUGCGAGUCGGCGAGCAGGUCCGCUUAAUCGAUCCCCGACGCCAGUUUGCCUUUUCCAUGCACUGCCUUCCUACUUUCAACCUCAGUGAUCGUCGCCAGCCUAACUCUCAUCACAUGAGAGCAGAAGUUUAUUUGGACGCAAGUGUGUGCGUGCAUGUUUGGUGGUUUUCAGAGACAACUUGUUUUUCUACUUUGCAUUGUUGUCAUCAAAAAAGUGGUCAUCUGACGAGCGUGGCGAAAACAGAUGACAACAGCGAGCCUGUGUGCCUCAGUCAGGACCGCAGAACCUGCCUCCCAGCAUGGAUGAGGAUAACACCCUCGACUCAAAGCUCCCAGGAAGUCGCCGAGCUACAGAUAAGCAGAGAGAGACAGAGACUUUAGAGUGUUUUCUUUUCUUUUUUAUAUUUCUUUCUCCCAAGUUUUCUGUUAGUCUGAGGCCACUUCCUUUCACAGAUUAAUUCACUUUUAAAGCGGGGGGGAAGUUGGCGAAAUCAGAGGCUUGAUAGUUGUUAGUACUUGCUGCUGUGCUACACAUUACUUGAUGCUCGUGUGUUGACACUGUUCUCAAAACAAUAACUAAACAACAGUCUAUGGUGAUAAAUGAACAGUCUCAACUUCUUCAAUCUGUCUGCACAUUUGUUAAUGUGCAGACAAAGAAGUAUUUAGUAACAAUUGCACUGCCCAAACUUAAAGAUUGACCUCGUUAGCAUCACUGCAGUUGUUUAAUACAUCAUCUUGAUUAUCACUCUGGGACAUAAUCAGGCGUCCCCAGUGCUUGUUACGUCUGUGAAUGGAAGUGAGCGAGGGCGAGCAGGAAAGGGGAACACAUCGAUGAAAUAAACGGAACACAUUGUGGCAGUAGACAAGAGAUUGUUCUCUGUUGAUUGUCACUGUUCCCGUUUUGUUUCUGUUCCUGUUCCUGCUCUCCAUUAACACCUACGUGCCAGGAUGCAAGGUUCUGUCCAAACAUCUAUUUAGGUCUUUCUUAAAGGGUCCCUUUAAGUUCAGCCCUGGUAUCAACAUCCGUCCUGUGAGUUCUGAUCCCACGUGGACGGCGUGAAGGUCGUCUCUUCAUGCCUGACUUUAAAUAAUGUCCUGAACGCGUCUCCUGUGACCACUUGUGAUAUGAUCUCACCUCCCCGCUCUAUAUGCAAAUAAUCAUGUCAUUUCUGUUCGCAAAGACCAAAUCAUGUUGUUCAAAUCAUGUAAAUAUGUUUCUACUUGUUUAUGUUACAUCUUUAGGACCCUUUUCAGACUUGACCUCAUGGAGACCAAAGCCUGGUCCUAAUGAGGCCAAAUGUCAUAUCUAAGGUCCUGGUUAAGGUUUGGUUUAUCAUGUACUUUGUGGUUAGGGUUUGGUAUGAAUUAUUCAAGGUUAGGUUUAGGUAUAUAGGCUUUGGUUUGGCUGCCCACAAUGAUUGAGAGUCAAUGCAUCGUCCUAAGGAUAGCUGCACUAUCGUGUGUAUGUGCAUGAGUGUGUAAGAGAAACCACUGCACAUCUUUACAAAUCAAUCUGAUUCUAACAACUGCCACAUGCGUCCCAGAUCACGCCCCAAUGUGAUCGGAUCUCAAAUGUGACCUCAAUGCUUCUGUAUGCGCUCACAUCUGUAUUUAGAGUUCAUGAUCAGCCAUUACAGAUGUGACAGAUUCCAGGUCAGAACAGUUGAACUCGCGACGACACAUUUUCUGGAGUGGUUCACCCAGUUGUCGGAUCAGAUUUGAUGUUGUGAAUUGUAAUAUUCAGUUUGGAUGAUGUGUUACAAACCUGAAACAAAAAAAAACGCACAGCUUCCUGCUUAUGCUCUAAAGUCAAAACUCAGUUAUCACAUUUUUUGUCCUAAGAAAAUGAAGCCAUCAGCUUCUGUUCCUUGUCUUCUUCAUGUGAAUCUACCACAGGCUGGUAGAGGUCAGUCCGCCAACUGUGUGUGUUUCCUCUCCUGUGUUCUCUGUUAUAGUAUUGCUUUUGGAAAAGGUUAUUACUGUGCUCUUUGCUUUUUAUGUGUCACUGCAUUUCAGAUAAGUCUGUAUAAUGAUGAUGCUCCACCUCAUGUUUUGUUUGCGCAAAAAUAUAGUCUGUGUACAGUUUCUGAUAGAAAAAGAAAAGCAAUUAAAUGCUGUAUAAACAUACGUUUGGGCCUGUCGGAAACUUAAAUAUAUAUAUAUAUAUAAAAAGAAUCUGAAAAAUGUCACCACGCAAUGUGUUACAAUGAUAAUCCUCCGUAUUGUGAUGACAAAUCGUGGAGCAGCCACAAUCUCUCCUGUGGUUAUACAAUCUGGACGAUGCAACUGAGAAGCUGCGUUUAUACGACACUAUAGCAGCAGCACGAUGAAGACUGACCACCCAAACUUUAGUGUUACAGGCGUCCACUGUAACCCACGACCUGUUGGUCCACUUCAUGUCCAUUACUGUGGUGGGUGACCUGUCCAAUCUCUUCAGUGAGUAGCUUUGUGAGUUGAGGGGAUUUUCUUUUUUGUCUGAUUUUUGGGGAAUUGUGUCUUCUGUAUUAAACUGUUGUUCAUAAUA